CACAUGGUGGAACUAUUACAAGCGUUAAAAUGAUCAGAACAGGAAUUCCAAGGUUCAAGACUCUCCAUUGUUUCGUCAUCAUUUUUAUAUUUGGCAUCUUGGCAUACAUCAGCACAAGAUUAGUGGAACCUUCUCGACCAAUCUCAGAUACCUCAGAGUAUGCUGUACGAAGUUUUGAAGGACUAGAUCGUGUUAUGGAAGAAAAUAACGUCCUUUCUGACGUCCUUCCUGAUGUCGGCAAAUUCAAGGAUCAGGAGAAAUAUCCGAAUAAACAGGAAACAUCCCCAAUGUUUAUAAGUACUGUAGAGUACGAAGAUGAAGAUGACAGUGACGAAGAUGAGAGUGAGAAUGACAACGAUGAUGAUAUAGCAUAUCCUAAUCCGCCUGGUGGAUACAGUUCCCCUGACGUCACAAACACCCCUGGAGAACGCAGGCGUUAUUUCCUCAUCCUCUCUAUGCCGAGGUCAGGGACAUCCGUCUUUAAAGAGCUACUGAAUAACCAUCCAAAUAUCAUAUGCCAUGACGCUAUCCUCCAUGAGAAUAAAAAGCCAUAUGAGCUAAGACUUUCUUCUAAUAAUCAAAUCCCACCGGAGAAACAUAUUUUAUUGAACUAUAUAAAAGACAUGCUAGAAGAAGAUAUAGAAGACGAUCCAAAUGUAACUCCUGGUUUUAAAAUCACCAAUGUGCAAUUAGCCGCAAAUAAUAUAACAUUAAUGGAUAUAGUGAAACACCUUGGCUAUCCCAAUAUAAUCGUAAUGUACCGCCGUGAAUUACUUCAACAGUUUAUGUCACUUCAAACUGCCAUUGCCAGAGGACAAUACAACAGCCGCAUUAAACCCAACGAGAUAACGAAGGUACCUCUGAGAUGGGAGGAUUUUCUUGAUUACAGAACUAAGCUAUUGGAUGGGUACAGAUCUAGUAUGAAAGAAUUGCAAAACUACCCACGCAAGAUAAUACUAACAUAUGAAGACUUUGAUAAUGGUGUAUCAGGAAUGAACAAUGUUGUCAGACAGGCUAUUGAAUUUAUUGGCCUACCAACGCCCAUUAAAAACUAUCUACCAAAACUUGUUAAACAAAGUCCCCGAGGACUAGGCUCAAAGAUCUCAAACUUUAAACAGGUCGAGCAAACCAUUCAAGACAAUGAAUCACUCCUUACCUUUGACAUUAACGAUAUAUAAAGUACAUCAAGGG